AGGUGGCCUUUUAAAAUAUGCAUCAGAGACAGGGAGCACCAAACAGGAGCUGAAAAUGUUUGAAAAACUUCUGAGUUUCCUCUCUACUUUUCCAGCCCUUCCAGCCCCCUCGCCUGACUCGGAUGAUGUGAUGAUGUUCAGGGGGAUUCCUUAAUCCCAGUCCCUCUGCAGCCAGGCACAUCUACAAAAGAUUGCAUCCAUAAUUCAGGAUGGCCAGCCAGCCGCCAGAAGAGGCUGUGGAGUCUCAGGUCUCGGAUGAGCUGGAGUGCAAGAUCUGUUACAAUCGGUACAACCUGAAACAGAGGAAGCCCAAGGUUCUGGAGUGUUGUCACAGGGUUUGUGCCAAAUGCCUCUACAAGAUCAUAGACUUUGGAGACUCUCCCCAAGGUGUCAUCGUCUGUCCUUUCUGCAGGUUCGAGACGUGCCUGCCAGAUGACGAAGUUAGUAGCCUGCCCGAUGACAAUAACAUCCUUGUAAACUUGACUUGUGGAAGCAAAGGCAAGAAAUGCCUGCCCGAGAAUCCCACAGAGCUACUGCUCACACCUAAGAGGCUGGCUUCUCUUGUCAGUCCUUCCCACACAUCCUCCAACUGCCUGGUUAUCACCAUCAUGGAGGUGCAGAGGGAGAGUUCCCCAUCUCUCAGUUCUACUCCCGUGGUAGAAUUCUACAGGCCGGCCAGUUUCGACUCUGUCACCACAGUGUCCCACAAUUGGACGGUGUGGAACUGCACCUCACUACUCUUUCAGACUUCCAUCCGGGUGUUAGUGUGGCUGCUAGGCUUGCUGUACUUCAGUUCCUUACCCUUAGGGAUCUAUUUACUGGUGUCUAAGAAAGUCACCCUUGGGGUAGUCUUUGUUAGCCUCGUCCCCUCUAGCCUUGUCAUCCUCAUGGUGUAUGGUUUUUGCCAAUGUGUUUGUCAUGAAUUUCUGGACUGUAUGGCACUUCCUUCUUAAUCAAUAUGCAAAACAGGAAAUUUGGCACAUAUGGCUACGUUCAAAUGAUGUACGUACGAUUUGCUUUUUGUAUUCUCCAUGAUUAGUGUCUACAGCCUCAACAAAGCCCUUGGCCAUACGUCUGUGGUCCAUUUUCUGUCCAGAUGUUGGCUUGAUGGGUUUUCCUGGAUCUGAAAAUUAAAAAAGAAAAGUUCAUUUCUACAUAAGGGUUAGCCAAGAAGCAAAGCUGUGUGUGCAUAGCUUUUAUGGAGCUCUGAUAGUUGUGAGAUGUCCGGAGCAAAGGUGUGGGCCCAGUGAGUGCUUUCAGACAGGUACCAGGCCAGAUGUGUUAUAUUGUGGCAGGGUCUCUGUGAAAAGGUCUGGAAGAAUGGAGUCCUCCUUUAAUUUAGGGGUAUCCCAUGAUGGUGGGCAGAUAUCGGAAGCACAUGGGUGUGUCCCCCAUUGUCUUAGUGCUGGAGCCUCUAAUCAUCUUCAGGUGCUUUCUCUCUUAAGAUAAUGCUUCCCUGAGAUGUGCUACCUGCCCUCAGAUCCAUUUCUCUACUCUGCAGUACCCCCUGCCCCAGGGUCCUGCAAUCUCAUCCUCUUGGGUACUUCCUGUAGAAUUCCUGUUUGGGCAUGUUGCUAGAGAAGACGGACAGCUCUGAGAAGUUUGCAUGGAAGUAGACCUCAUGGCCAUUUGUGGUCAACACAGGCCUUUUCCUCCAUGUGUGUUUUUCUCCCAGGCCUCCUGGAGAAGGUAUGGGCAGUUUUUGCAUGUGGAGUAAUUCACUGGAGUAAUUUCCUUAUAGCAUUUUAAUUUUGUUUGAUUUCUAACCACAUUCUUCAGUCAGCCCCAUCCCUUUUCCUGAAGGAAGUUCCAUUUAAAUUAGUUGUUGUCAGUUUAUGAAGGUUUCAUUUUGUUCCCCUUGUUUCAGAAAUUUGCUUAGGGCUGACUUCAUUGACUCCUGCAACACUCUGGGGGAACCUGUGAUGGUGAAAACCCAGUGAGAGGCUGCCAGCGGUAGUCUAGGUCUCAGUCCUAGGCACUGAGAACCUAAGUGUUCUGUUGAAUGGCACCAGGUUGCAGUGGUUCAGGUUUAUGU